GUCCAUAACAAAACGUGCUGAGUAUGUCUGAGCAUUCAUCUACACACCGUUUCUGGUCUGUGACGAGUCGCCUGUUGAGAGGCGCUGGUUCCCGUGCGUGGCAAUGAUGCUACAGCGAGGUAUGGGCUGAGCGGAGGUAGCUGAUUCUUGACGAGAGAAUUGUGAAAUCUACUGCGUUCAGCCAAAUAGUAUGAGGAUAAUGCUUUGAAUUAUCGGACAGCAAGAUUGGCUUGAUAGGAAUUCGAUGACAACCAUGAGUCAGGCUGAGAGUGAGAUGCCGGCAAAUCGGCGUUCCCGCACGGGGAAAAGGCGGCUGUGGAGGGGCCUGAGACAACAGUGGAAACUCCUCGGGCUGUUCGAGAUCGACCCGCAGCACGAGUUCUUCGGCAUGACCCAGAUGAUGAAGGAGGGCCUGUCAGCCGCUGUGCAGAACACCAUCGACAACCCACUAACGGACGACCUGUCUGAAGAUGAUUUCAAAACGGAAGUCACUCAAGUACAUCAGGGUUUCCAGAUGGAGACAUUUGCAGGACCUGUGUUUGCUCGACUUCGCCAUUCCUUGGGGAUGACAGAGAAGGACUACCAGCACUCUCUUUCCUCUGAAGGGUGCUACCUGCAGUUCAUCAGCAACUCCAAGAGCAAGGCCGACUUCUUCCUCACGAAUGACAAGAGAUUCUUCCUAAAGACUCAGAACAAACGGGAGGUGAAGUUCCUCCUGUCAAACCUGAAGAUCUACUUGGCACACCUGGAGAGCUAUCCUCACUCUCUGCUGGUCAAGUUCCUGGGUGUCCACAGGAUCAAAAUUCCUCGUCGGGAGAAGAAGUACUUCAUUGUGAUGCAGAGUGUGUUUUACCCUGAUGAGAGGAUUAAUGCCAGGUAUGACAUAAAGGGCUGUCAGGUGAGCCGAUGGACCAACCCACCCCCUGAGGGAAGCCAUGUUAUUGUGAUUCUGAAAGACAUGAACUUUGAGGGAAAGUAUAUCACCCUGGAUGAGCAGGGAGCCUGGCUGGCUCGCCAAAUGAAAAUCGACACGGCCUUCCUGCAGAAGCUCAACGUGCUGGACUACAGCUUCCUGCUGGCUCAUCAGCCCCUGCACAGGGACGAGCGAGACCAGAGCCACUCCUUGGCUACACUCAUCAUGCGCACCAAGAAGUCUGUGGAUCCAGGGUCCAGCCCCACCCAUGCAGGUGUUCCCUGUGUCCCGGGGGCUGUGCUGGAGGAGGACUCUGCCCUGCUGGUGUCAGAGAUGGACUGUGGGUCGGACAGCUUCCGGGUCACAGAGACGCACUCCAGCGAUGGACUGAUCCCUCUACAGGAGCUUCAAGGCGGGGCUGCUGGGACCAGUGCAGACUCUGAGCUGCAGGAGUUCCAGGUCCAGAACCGGCGGCUGCUGCCCAACUUCAAGAACCCCCUUCAUGUAAUUGACGGGCCUGACCUGCGCUAUUUUGUGGGAAUCAUCGAUAUCUUCACUGUCUAUGGCUUCAAAAAGAAGCUGGAGAACUUGUGGAAGAGGUUGCGAUACCCUGGCCAGGCCUUCUCGACUGUUAGUCCCCCGGCCUACGCCUGCAGACUCUGUCAGUGGGUGCAGGACCACACCAAGUAGGCCAAAGACACACAAAGACUGUCCAUAGCGAUUAAGCUAAUUGGUCACAGUCACCCAACUGCUUUGGUUGCUGCUCAUGUGCGAGCAUGACUGUACCACUCUUGCCUUCAAAGUGUUUUAGUACUUUCUUCCACAACUCCACACACUGCAUUAGUUUAAAAAGUAACAUAAAGCUUUCAGCCAACUCCAGCACAGUCCAAACCAUAUACCUGGUGGUAUAAUCAGGAAGCAAAAGACAAGUCCUUUGUUUAAUUUCACCAGAGUUAAUCCCAAAUAGAACAAUCCCACAAAACAAUCUGAAUAAGGUGCUACAGAUGAAUUAAUGUUGAAUCUAUGCAGGUGUGUAAUCCCAGACACAAAUGCCUCAAUGUUAAAAGCUGGAAACAGAUUUUAUAUGAUUAUUCUGGAAGAAUUUCCUGCAUACAAAGGGUUCUGUCUUGCUGGAGAAUAGGAUAGGGUCAGGUAUCAUUUUUCAUUUUUGGUCUCUAAACCAGGCAUCAUCUGGUUUUGCCUUUCGUUGUUCAAAUUAAAUGAUGCAUAAAGAGAAAUGUCACAUUUUAAGAGUGAAUGCAGGGUUUUCUCAUCUAACAUAUUUUAGGAAACAACAUUUUUUGCCUUUUUAGUCAAAGGUUCUGUAGGGAUUUGAGUCAAGUUUAACACUUCUCCAUUAUCUGUGAGCAUAGAAAGCACUGCAUAUUCCUCUAACCUUUCUGAUUGGUACAACAACAUGUUGUAUCUGUAUUGAUGCCCAGUGGUCUUGAUUGGCAGCAAGGUGUUGUUUUCUAAAAAUACAUUUUGUUUGUCCAUGAACGUAUAUAUAUAUAUAUAUAACCGUUCCAGCAUAUAUACAAUGCAUUGACACCAUGCGUGACACCACAAAAAAGGUAUUUUUGAAUGUAUAAUACAGCACAGCACUGGCUAUAGAGCAACUGCAUACAACAUGGGUUUUGUUCAUCCAACCAAACAGUAAGCUCACAUACACAUUCAUAUGUGUUCAAGGAAGAAAGACUAGAACCAAGUAUUGCUUGAGAUACAAGUCUAGAUGCCUUGUUCAGAAAAUUAAUUUUGGUUAAAAUUUUCCCUGAGCAGUGGAACAAAUUCUAAAGUCAAUUUGUGAGAAAGUAACUUAAUAUAUAUGAAUUUAUCUCUCUCAUGGAUUUCAUAUGAACUGUAGUUUACUGUAUGACAGUGUGUGUUGCCUGAUGGACUUGUAAUUUAGAGUUGAACAAGGAUGCUGUGUAGAUGCACUGCUAUCUGUGUUUACCAGCGGUCGCACGUUGUCUGUUUUUUGAGAAUGGAAAACAUUAAAUUGAUCAAUGAUAGUUCUCAUAUCUAAAUGCUAUUUUAAGUUGCAUGUUUUGUUUUUAUCUCAAAAUGAUUUUGCAAUAUACUUUGUUGCUGAUCUAGCGUAAAUGUUUUGAGGCCAAUAACUCUUUACUCAUGUAUAAAUGACUAGCCUAGAGGUCUGUGUGGGUUGGAAUGAUUGCAUUUCUUUCGUAUAAUGUAGUGGAGACCUCUAGAUGAAUGACAGCAAUGAUGUAUUGGUUCUUGUCUUUUUAUUAGUAUUAGUUUUUUCUCUUUAUUAAUGUUUUUAUUUAAAUAUUACUCUUUAUAUUUAUUUACAUAGAAAGCCCAUGUAAUGUUACUGGGACAUUGUAUCAUGGCCAUAUCACUGUUGUAAGCACUGAUUACUAAAAAAAAACAAAUGAGCAUACUAUAUUGUGGCAUGAGAACAGAUUUUAACUGCAGCAUAUCUGUUCGCUGUUUUCCUAUGCAGAUGAUGGAGAUUUUGUGGUAUGAAGGUAAGACUUAAAACAAAUACUUUACCAUCCACACUCCUGCUUUCCCUUGUUCAGCUGGUAUGUGCUGUCCCAGACUGCUAGGAAAACUGGCAAAUUGCCUGUGCCUUUUGUUUGGCAGGUUUUUGCUUAGAAUGGUAUGUGUGCUAAUAAAUGUUAUGACAUCAACAAAAAUGAUGGAGGUGAUAAUGGUAAUAAACAUCCUGAGCAACA